GAUAAAACGACUCACCGCUUUUGAGAAAUACGCACUGCUCCGUAGAUCAUUACUCGCCACAAGCAACGAAUAGGACAUCGCCACACCUGAUGCUUUUCCCCCUCUCCUCUUCUCGUCCGCCAUUCGAGCAACUUCAUCGAGACUUUUGUAUAAAAGCGACAGAGGAGAUACACCUUUGCAGCUUCUGAUUUUCUCCAAAUUCUCUCCUUUCCAAACUCGGGCUGAUUACCUCUUCGUGCCUAUCCAAGUAAAUAUGACUCAAUCGAAAAAAGACUCUCACUCUGUCUUACAUUUUCCGUUUUCACCUCAUUCCCUUGCUCGUGUUGCCUCGCAGUGGAACAUAGCCGCGGUUUCCAACGUGAUAUAUAAGUGUUGAUUGGCCACACACAACCGUAAGUUCGUCAACAUGCGGGGCAAAAGGUAAAGCGUUCAGUUGCCUGACAUCCACUGGUACCCUAAAGUCUACCACAAUAUGAACAUCGGACGUCAAAAUCGAAGUGUCGGGCGAUAGCACGAAAUAUAAGGGUCCAAGGGAAGAAGCACCAUUUCAUUUCUGUCCAUCUUUUUUUUUCAUCUCUACUCUUCAUCCAAAUCUGCUGGCAACAUCGGAUUAUCACGCUCUCCUCAUUAUCCGUGAAAUUUUCUGUAGCUGAAUGCCCAGCGGAAUCCCCACUCUACGGCUGGUCAACACGCGUCGACAACAACCCCCGAAAAUUGGGCAAAAAUGUCAAGCAAACAAGAAUUUCGUGUUCGCGAUUUAAGCACUCGAAGUGUUUUGAUCUUUCCGACUAGAGCUCAAAUUGUUCGUGAUAUCAGAGACAUCACAUUACAGACCGGGACUAAUCAAAUCAUCAUCGAUGGGCUCGCUCCAACCAUUGACGAACACUCCAUCAAAGUUGAAGGAAAUGGUUCUGCCACCAUCACUGAGGUAUCUGUUGAUCUUCUACCUAAUCGUGAUGUUUACGAAGAAGUUUACUCAUCCGACUCUGAGCUUGAGGAGGAAACGGAUGAUGAUUCCUCCGACUCUGAGGAUGAAUCGAUGAAGCUUGUCGAUACCAAAAUCAAGCAGGUGAACCGUCUGCUUGCUCAAGAAAACGAAAAGAUUAAUUCUGUUGCGAGUCGUCUGAAGAUUUGUGAGGAUUAUGGUGCUACAGUUCGCGAUAACCCCCCUUCGCCCGAACAGUUCGAGAAACUCAUGAAAGCAUAUCGCGAUGAACGUGAGAAGAUUUAUGUUGAACAUGUAGCUGCAACUGCUGCUUUGGAAGUUACGCAAGAUGAAAUUGUCAGAUUGAUGAAAGAGAAAAGCAAAUUAACAAAAGCACGAACCAAGGCACAGCGGAAAACAUUCAAGCAAAAAAUCAAGCUUCAAGCGACCAAAUCUCGAAAGAAUGCUGAGUCGGCAAAGGAGAAAUUGCGCAUCAAGUCGGAGAGAAGUUUGUUCUGGCCAAAGAAAGUUUAUCGUGUCACGAUUAGUAUUGAGCCUACGAGCUCUGCUAUGAUAUCUGGAUCAUCCCGUCCUAGCUCGGUAGCUAGUGACAUGACUGUCAACAACUACCAAGUCUCCAGCCGUCGAGCUACAGAUAUCAUCAGCCUCUCCAUUUCUUACAUUACCUACGAAGUGUCUUGGUCUCCACGCUACGAUCUCAGUCUUAAUACCUUGACCAGCACAGGCGUAUUAGAAUAUGCAGCCGAGCUAAAGAACAUGACUUCCGAAACGUGGCGCGAUGCCAAAGUUCUUCUCUCAACUUCGCAAACAUCCAUCACUAGUUUUAAUGAAUCAAUACCAACCUUGCCCCCAUGGAACGUGCGACUACUUAAAGGAGGGAGUAGAAAUGCCGAAGCCGCUCUUUUUAGUACCAGUGAGAUUGCGGCCAAGAGAACGGAAUGGGCCGAUAAAAAUAAUCAACAUCUCCAGCAACCUCGAUAUCUCCUCUUCGGAUUCGAACCGACUAACAAUCCAUUCCAAAAUAAAGGUGGGUUCCCGAGUAACAAUAUAUUUGGUAACGCUCCAGCCCACCACAAACAAAAUUUCUUUCCACCGGUUGCGGGAUUUGGAUCUAUUGCAACAUCUCAAGGACCUAGUACCGGUGCUCUGUUUGGAUCUAAUGUAUCAUCCCAGAAUCCUACCUCUACUGGUGGCUUAUUUGGGGCCCCUGCUCCAUCCCAAAAUCCCGCCUCUAGCGGUGGCCUAUUUGGAUCCUUGCGUACAGCUACAACCAACAUUCCUGAGUCUGUUGCCGAGAACUCUGCCAGCCAACCAGCUCAAGGUAACUCUCUGCUUGGUAGCGUUCAGCCUCCAGAGCAUGGCGCCAAUUUUUCCACACCUGGAUCAGAUAUGGGUGAUCCUAGCGAGGCCAUCGAAGGCCCACUAAUUCAACGUCUUCUUUCACCAAAACCCACCCUUACAUUCGAAGAAGGAGCUUGGGAAGAGUCUGGCAUGUCUACCACCUAUGAUCUUCCUGGUCUCAAAACACUCAUGCCUUCAAACUCUGUUCUUAAGCACAAGAUUGCGAAAAUUGAGUUUAAGAAUAUUGGAUUUGAACAUGUGGUUAUACCUAAGCUCCGGACGGUUGCAUUCCUCAAGGCCAAAUUGCGAAAUUCGUCGAAAAUUCCAUUGUUAGCAGGCCCAGUGGGAUUAAAUUUGGAUGGCAGCUUUUUGGGUCAAGCUACCUUCCCAAGAUGCUCUGUUGGUGAAAGCCUGAGUUUGAAUCUUGGUGUUGAUCCAGCUAUCAAGGUCGUGUAUAACAAGCCCGAGGUACGACGUUCGCAAAGCGGAAUCUUCUCAAAAGAAGACAGCAAUGUCUUCUUGCGUUCUUUAUCCUUGCGUAACACGAGAAUACAACGAGGUGUCAGUUUAUUAGUUAUGGAUCAGGUGCCUGUUUCUGAAGAAGAGAGACUUCGAGUCGAGGUUUUGGUCCCUCGAGGUUUGAAACCCGAUGGUGAUAGAAUUCCUACGGGCUUGAACUUGGAUGAUGAGAUGCUUCAAGGAGGUCGGGAGCGAGAAAGAGAUAGGGAUAGGGAGAGAACUUCUAGUAGUGGGGGUGAGCUUGUUCGUCGGAGUAAGAAAACCGAUGCAUGGGGGACGGCCGAUGCAGAAUUGAAGAAGAGUGGAGAAGUCCUUUGGAAUGUGAGGUUAGCACCGGGAGCAGGUGUUAAAUUGGUGUUGCAAUAUGAGGCUGGAUUUCCAAGUGGAGAGACGGUGGUUAAUGCAUAGGGGCUGGGACAUGGUUGUGUUCUUUGGGACAAAGGGGAAAGGUUGUUAUGAUAAGAUAGCAAUAGUUUAUGUUGGUAGCAAUUUGACAAACGAUUUUCCCUAAAUAUGCCGGUUCCAAAAACACUAUGUCUCUUCAUUGUCACGCUCGUAGAAUGCCCCGGCUA